GGGUUGCAUUUGAAGCAACAGAGCCCAACUAGCUGGAAUAAGAUUGAUUGUGAUUGUGAAGUGAAGAAAUAUGGCGUUUGGAAAAGUGGCGAAUGUGCUGUUGAUAGCUGUUCAUGUGUGCAAUGCUUUGUUCCAAUCGGUCGGCGAGAGUGAUGACAUAAACUGGAGCCUGUUACCGACGACAGAUUGUGGCCAGAAGGUGAGCAACAGAAUCUCGAAUGACAGUAUGACUUUCCCCUUCGAAUACCCGUGGAUGGUGCUUCUGCGCUACAGCUGGAAUGGUCAGAUGCUGGAUAUUGGAGGAGGGUCGUUGAUCAACCACCGCUACGUGUUGACGGCAGCACACAGCGUGCGAACACAGGGCAAUAUGAAGCUGUCUAAAGUACGUCUUGGUGAGCACGAUAGAUCUAAAGAUAUCGAUUGCGUUGUGUAUGCAAACGGUGAAGAGAGAUGUGCCGAUCCUCCUCUCGAUGUGGACGUAGAAUCGACGGUCUUACAUAGCGAGUACAAAAGAUCGAAUCGUUUCCAGCAUGACAUAGCAUUGAUUCGGAUGGCGCAAGAUGUUGCAUACAGUGAUUCCAUCAAACCCAUCUGCCUACCGAUCAGAGAGGAUGUUCGAAGUAAAAUUCUACCGGAAUACAUCCUGACUGGCUGGAGUGUGACUGAGCAGACGACCCCAUCCAGAGCCAGAUUACUGCAGAGAGUUCUGAAGCAUAUGUCCAUACCAGAAAGUCAACGGAAACUAAAAGAAAAUUCAAUCAGAUCAAACGUCUCAGAGAAGUAUCAAAUGAGCACUGGAAACGUAUUUCAGGUUGAUUCUUGCGGAGAUUUUAGCGGAGCACCGUUAGGUUUCAACGUCGAUCUAGUCGGUGACCGAUUUGUCCAAUACGGAAUUGCAUCUUCCGGGGUAAAUUCUUGCAUUCAACGAUUAUCAACUGUACCGGCAAUUUACACUCGUGUCUCUAGCUACAUGAACUGGAUAGUGAAGAACAUGAAACCGUAACACCAACACUUACCGCCUGUAA